CAAAUCCCAGAGUUCACGUUUUCUCCUCGACCUCGUUUCCCAAACUACAUCCGGUCUCUGCUGCGUCCUAUUUACCUCGGAAGACGGAGGAGUCACUGAACGGCGAUUUGCCGUAGCAAUGGCACUUGUGAACACUUGAACAACAGGUGUAGCGUUAUAUUAUUGUUUUACUUCAGUUAUUGCUCUCCAAAUGUAGUCAAAUGCUCGUCAAUGGCUGGUCUCGACUGUGCUCUUUGUGUAGCCGUGUAGUCUACAGCAGCAGAGGGACAAGAGCAGGAUGGAGGACACUAACAGGACACAGCAGAACACAGGUGCGACAUUGGGGUACAGUGGCACCAAGACGCCUCUAUCACAGGGAUGUGGGGGACUUGUACAAGACAGACUCAGUUCAGAGGUAUCUUCAGCAGCUCAUGGAGGAGUUCAGAGACCUCAGGAAGAAGUUACAGCACGCAUAUCUCAGCGAAUCUGACAGAAAAGUGCUUAGUAACAAACACACAGAGCUGCUGCCUCUGGCAAAUGUGUUUGAGGAGAUUAAACAAGCCCUCAAAGACCUUGAGGAAGUCCUUUCACUUCUGCAUAGUUCAGCUGCAACCAAAGAUGAAGAUGACCAGUUGACCCAGCUCUUAAAGGUGGAAGAAGAACAAAUCUCCUGCAAGAUUUUGGCCUUGAGAAAAGACUUGAUCAAAGCUCUUGUGCCCAUCGACCCUCUCGACUCCAGUAAUAUUCUGCUGGAGGUUGUGUCAGGACGAACAACGGGAGGUGACAUCUGUCAGCAGUUCACCAGAGAAAUGUUUGACAUGUACCAGGGUUAUGCUUCUUACAAGAAUUGGGACUUUGAGCUUCUGAACUUCACGCCUGCUGAGUAUGGUGGUCUGCACCAUGCAGCAGUAAGACUAGUUGGUGAGAACGUGUACAGACAUCUGAAGCAUGAAGGAGGAACACACCGGGUGCAGCGGAUCCCUGAGGUGGGCCUCUCCUCCAGGAUGCAGCGUAUCCACACUGGAACCAUGACUGUCAUUAUCCUGCCUCAGCCAGCGGAGUUUGAGGUUCACAUCGAUCCAAAGGAUCUUCGCAUUGACACGUUCAGAUCUCGCGGUGCUGGGGGCCAAAGUGUAAACACAACAGACAGCGCAGUGCGCAUUGUUCAUCUUCCCACCGGUAUAACAGCGGAGUGUCAGCAGACUCGCUCCCAGCUGCAAAACAGAGACACCGCCAUGCGUGUGCUGAGGGCCCGGCUCUACCAGAGCAUGAUGGGUAAAGAGACUGAGCAGAGGCAUACGGCACGAAAGCAACAGGUGGGCACACGUUCUCAGUCCGAGAGGAUUCGUACCUACAACUUUAGCCAGGAUCGUGUCACAGACCACAGGACUGGAUAUGUUACUAGAGAUAUUAAGGAGUUCAUGAGAGGAGGGGAGGCUCUUGAUGAUCUGAUCUCUGAUGUACUUGAACAUGCGGAGAGGGAGGCUCUUUUGGAGGCGGUGGAGAGCAGCAGCGUGAAACCACCAGAGUCUGCAGACUGACACCCACCACAACACCACAACAGUCUGCCAAGUGUUCUUAACAGACAGCAUAUCGUUUAAUGGAUACAUCAGGUGUCUUUACAGUACUGUGACAGCACAUCAGGGCAGACACACAUAUUAUUUUCAUAUUAAUUUAUGCUUGUGCAAACAAGGGAAUGUAAGACCAACUGCAGUUUACCCAUCAUUAAGGAUUUUAUUUUUGUAAUAAAAUAUUAAAUUACAUAUCACAUGUCAA